AUGGAGAGAGGAGGAGGCGCAGGACACUCCACAACUACAUCAUGGAGAGAGGAGGAGGCGCAGGACACUCCACAACUACAUCAUGGAGAGAGGAGGAGGCGCAGGACACUCCACAACUACAUCAUGGAGAGAGGAGGAGGUGCAGGACACUCCACAACUACAUCAUGGAGAGAGGAGGAGGCGCAGGACACUCCACAACUACAUCAUGGAGAGAGGAGGAGGCGCAGGAAACUCCACAACUACAUCAUGGAGAGAGGAGGAGGCGCAGGACACUCCACAACUACAUCAUGGAGAGAGGAGGAGGUGCAGGACACUUUACAACUACAUCACGGAGAGAGGAGGAGGUGCAGGACACUCCACAACUACAUCAUGGAGAGAGGAGGAGGCGCAGGACACUCCACAACUACAUCAUGGAGAGAGGAGGAGGUGCAGGACACUCCACAACUACAUCAUGGAGAGAGGAGGAGGCGCAGGACACUCCACAACUACAUCAUGGAGAGAGGAGGAGGAGGUGCAGGACACUCCACAACUACAUCAUGGAGAGAGGAGGAGGUGCAGGACACUCCACAACUACAUCAUGGAGAGAGGAGGAGGCGCAGGACACUCCACAACUACAUCAUGGAGAGAGGAGGAGGCGCAGGACACUCCACAACUACAUCAUGGAGAGAGGAGGAGGCGCAGGACACUUUACAACUACAUCAUGGAGAGAGGAGGAGGCGCAGGACACUCCACAACUACAUCAUGGAGAGAGGAGGAGGCGCAGGACACUCCACAACUACAUCAUGGAGAGAGGAGGAGGUGCAGGACACUUUACAACUACAUCAUGGAGAGAGGAGGAGGUGCAGGACACUCCACAACUACAUCAUGGAGAGAGGAGGAGGUGCAGGACACUCCACAACUACAUCAUGGAGAGAGGAGGAGGAGGUGCAGGACACUCCACAACUACAUCAUGGAGAGAGGAGGAGGCGCAGGACACUCCACAACUACAUCAUGGAGAGAGGAGGAGGCGCAGGACACUCCACAACUACAUCAUGGAGAGAGGAGGAGGCGCAGGACACUCCACAACUACAUCAUGGAGAGAGGAGGAGGCGCAGGACACUUUACAACUACAUCAUGGAGAGAGGAGGAGGCGCAGGACACUUUACAACUACAUCAUGGAGAGAGGAGGAGGCGCAGGACACUCCACAACUACAUCAUGGAGAGAGGAGGAGGAGGUGCAGGACACUCCACAACUACAUCAUGGAGAGAGGAGGAGGCGCAGGACACUCCACAACUACAUCAUGGAGAGAGGAGGAGGCGCAGGACACUCCACAACUACAUCAUGGAGAGAGGAGGAGGCGCAGGACACUUUACAACUACAUCAUGGAGAGAGGAGGAGGCGCAGGACACUUUACAACUACAUCAUGGAGAGAGGAGGAGGCGCAGGACACUUUACAACUACAUCAUGGAGAGAGGAGGAGGUGCAGGACACUCCACAACUACAUCAUGGAGAGAGGAGGAGGUGCAGGACACUCCACAACUACAUCAUGGAGAGAGGAGGAGGAGGUGCAGGACACUCCACAACUACAUUAUGGAGAGAGGAGGAGGCGCAGGACACUCCACAACUACAUCAUGGAGAGAGGAGGAGGCGCAGGACACUCCACAACUACAUCAUGGAGAGAGGAGGAGGAGGUGCAGGACACUCCACAACUACAUCAUGGAGAGAGGAGGAGGCGCAGGACACUCCACAACUACAUCAUGGAGAGAGGAGGAGGCGCAGGACACUCCACAACUACAUCAUGGAGAGAGGAGGAGGCGCAGGACACUCCACAACUACAUCAUGGAGGAGAGGAUGAGGCGCAGGACACUCCACAACUACAUCAUGGAGAGAGGAGGAGGAGCAGGACACUCCACAACUACAUCAUGGAGAGAGGAGGAGGCGCAGGACACUCCACAACUACAUCAUGGAGAGAGGAGGAGGAGGUGCAGGACACUCCACAACUACAUCAUGGAGAGAGGAGGAGGCGCAGGACACUCCACAACUACAUCAUGGAGAGAGGAGGAGGCGCAGGACACUCCACAACAACAUAA